CGCUGCCGCUGCAACUUUUGAGGCCUCUGGGGCGCUGUGGAGCGCAGCAGGAGACGGAUAUCACACAACAGAAAGGCUGGAGACGCCGCGAAUUGCUGUGCGAGCCCCGACUUGCACAGCUGUGCGACCUGCAAGCUCAGAGCAAAAAAAGCAAUUAGCAUGACGCCGCGCCUCCUAGUGCUAUGGCUCGCCGCGCACGCCGCCGCCGACGACAACUCCUCGAACAAGGAGCAGGACUACGCCUCAUUGAAACUCAAACCGAGAGUUGUGAGUUUCAACGUCAUGGUCGCCGGCCUGUCUGGAUUGGGCAAGACGACCACGUGCAACAUGCUCUUCGACGCCUGGCAGGGGAACUCCCCGUCACAAGAAAAGAGGAAGAUCAGGAGGGCGACGCCGCACGUGGAUGUGAGCAGGAAGAUCGAGCGGUACGACAAGCGCACGAAUACGAUUCUCCGAGUGCGAGUCGUGGACACGCCGGGUUUUGGUAAUAAUAUCGACCACAAGCACGCCGUAAGGCCCAUCACGAAGUACAUCCGGAAAUGUAGAGAUGAGCAAUUUAGAGCAGAAACGGGUGCGCGUAAGGAGACCGAGGCCGACGGCGAUCGGCUGGUGCACGCUUGUGUCUACUUCAUCUCGCCGCAUCGCUUCCUUGAAAUAGAUAGACAUUUCUUGCGACAUGUGCAACGGGAAUUGGCGAUAGUACCGGUCAUCGCGAAGACCGACACGCUCACUGACGAAGAGCUUGCGGAAUAUAGAGCGAUGCUGCGCGACGAGUUCACGAAAAAUAAUAUUCAGGUCUACGACUUUGGGGAGAAGAGCAGCGAGUUGCUUGAGAAACGAGCCUUUGCCCGAGGGCGCGAGAGAGGUGAACCUCUGGGUAUUAUUGCCAGAGACGGCCACUACCCCUGGGGCACGUCGCAGUUCCAGUUUGCAGCUCAUAGUGACUUCGCCUUGCUCAAGGAUUUAUUGUUAUCAGAACACACGGAGCCGCUCGUCGAGCACGCGUCGGCCAGGUACGCGCGGUACCGCGCUAGGCGCGUCCGGUUGGGCUACGCGACGGACGCCGCUAAGAGUCUCGCGGUGCUGGCGCUCGUGGGGCGGGCUUUAGGAUUGCCCGUUCCGAUCCCGUCGCGCGCCGGCGUCGUUGCUGUCCUAAAACGGUGCGGCCUCGGUGCCGCGGGCCUCUACCGGAAGCUGUUCGUCAAGCCCGAGGCGCCGCCGCGGCGGCGGUCCUGGUUCGACUUCUCUCCAAAACCUCCGGCGCCGCCGCGGCGCCGCUGGAUGGAGCCCCUCCGUCGUCGUUUGUCUCCGCCGCCGGCGCCGCCGCCGAGAAGGCGCUCCGUCGCGCCGCUCUUUCCUGCCAGAGCGCUGCGCGGGGCGAAGAACUAG